AUGCUCGCGCCAAGGAGCGUUCGGUGGUGCGGUGGCAACCGCAGCAGCUGUAGCGCGAGUGUCCGCAUUGGCCCACAUGUGUGCAGGACGGGGCCCUGGAUACCUUGGCAGACUCUACUCUGUCAGCGUCGCUGCUUCCAAGUGAUCCAACGCGGCCACGACCGGCCACAGGAAUCUCUCUAUAACAAGCUUGGCUUCGCCAAAGACACGGAGGCGCGUCUUGUGCGCCGCAGCACCACUGAGCUGCGGCAGGCACUGCUGCGACGUGUCGAAGAGCUAAAGGACCCCGUGAACGACCCAGCGGACAAGAAGCGACUGUCAGAGCUGAAGGAUGCGUACACCCGCCUGCAGGACGACCGCUUCCGCACGAACUACGCAAGUCAUUACUACGCCUCCAACGACGCUAGACUACAUGUCCUGUGCGAUGGCGGUCAGGUGGCCGCCAACUUCAAUCCAGAACACCAGCAGUUCACUUACGUGGACCACGCCAUUGACCGCGAAAGCACCGGCGGCGGUGUUGGUGGCUGCUUGCCCACGGGAAAGGCUGGCGGCUCAGCUUCGAGCCCUGGGGCCGCCGGCCGCAGCGAGGUACCGACAGCGGAGGCACUCGGCGAUGCCUUCCGAAACGCCACCGGCGUCGGCGAGAGUGCCAGUGGUGCCACCUCGUCCAACGCCACCGCCUACAAGGCAGCGGACGCAGCAGGGGCGCUGAACGGCACCGACAUCACGCACCUGCUGCGCGUAACCCUCGAGCAGAGUCUAGCAGGCUGUGAAGUGGAGGUGGCGAUGCACAAAAACGUUCGCUGCGCCACGUGUCGCGGCUCGGGUCGGCAGCAGCUGCGGACACCGCGGAAGUGCCCGCAAUGUCUGGGUCGUGGUUCUGCGCACAUGCCAAGCGCCACCUAUCACAUUGAACGCCGCUGUCUCUACUGCGGUGGCGAGGGGACCGUGCCGUCGCCGCCGUGCCGCGCGUGUGAUGGCCGCGGCGUGCAGCUCCACCAGGCGGUGCAGGUGCCGGUCAGCGUGCCCGCCGGUACCCUGUCCAACUCCCUCUUCCGCCUUCGCCACCAGGGACAUGACGGGGUGCGUGGUGGCCAUGCUGGUGACCUACUUGUCACUGUGCUGGUGAGCGAGCACCGCUAUUUCUACCGCAGCCCCGAGAGGAGCCACGAGCUGCAUGCGAUGCUGCCACUGCCGCUCUCAGUAGCACUACUCGGCGGCCGUGUCAAGGUACCGACGCUGAAUGGGUUCGGCACGGUGCAUGUGCCGCCGUGUGUGCGAAGCGAUGAGGUUCUUCCGCUGGAUGUGUAUGGGGUACCGGACGCCACGAAUCGCGCCUCGGCGGCGGUGGCAGCUCCGCACGUAAUCCUCUACCAUGCCCUAGUGAUGAUCCCAAGGGGGGAUGUGCUGUCUGGACGGCAGAAGGCAGCACUGCAGUUGUACGAGGCGCAUCACAGCCAUCCGUCGGCCACAGCUGCAGAGGCAGAGGCCUUGGGUCGGUCGCACACCGUUGGUGCUGAAGCCUCGCAACAGCAGACGCCAGCAUCAUCUGCUAGCACUGUCUCCCGCGAGCAGCUGAUGGAAAGUUGCGCCGCCCUCAAAUCCUCGUACAAGCACUGGUUCCAUCCAGACUGA